CUCUCUGUUUCCUUUUGCCUAUUCUCAAGCUUAGAUUUUGGUUCUUUGAUUCAGUAAGAAGCUAUUAAUGGCGGACUCACGUGCUCUGAACCGUGCCCAUAGCCUCAGGGAGAGGCUGGAUGACACUCUCUCUGCUCACCGUAACGAGAUCCUAGCCUUUCUGUCAAGGAUUGAAGCCAAGGGAAAAGGGUUUUUGCAGCCCCAUCAGCUGAUUGAUGAGUUUGAAGCAAUUCCUGAAGCCAGCAGAAAAAAUUUGUUGGAAAGUGAAUUUGGGGAAGUUCUGAAGAACACCCAGGAAGCUAUUGUUCUUCCUCCAUGGGUGGCACUGGCUGUUCGUCCCAGGCCUGGUGUUUGGGAGUACAUUCGGGUCAAUGUGCACUCACUUGUUGCCGAGGAGUUGCUUGUGCCCGAGUACUUGCACUUCAAAGAGGAGCUUGUUGAUGGAAGUCUUAAUGGCAACUUUGUGCUUGAAUUGGACUUUGAACCAUUCAAUGCCACUUUCCCUAAGCCAACUCUUUCCAAAUCUAUUGGAAAUGGUGUCGAGUUCCUCAACCGUCACCUCUCUGCAAAGCUCUUCCAUGACAAGGAGAGCAUGCACCCUCUGCUCGAGUUUCUCCGAGUUCACUGCUACAAGGGCAAGAAUAUGAUGCUCAAUGGCAAAAUUCAGAAUGUGAAUGCACUUCAACAUAAUCUGAGAAAGGCCGAGGAGUAUCUGUCUAAGCUCGCACCAGAAACCCCAUACAAAACUUUUGAGAUCAAGUUGCAGGAUCUUGGUUUGGAGAGAGGUUGGGGAGACAACGCUGAGCGCGUGCUGGAAAUGAUCCAACUCCUAUUGGAACUCCUUGAGGCACCUGACCCUUGCAAUCUGGAAAAAUUCCUUGGCAGAAUUCCCAUGGUGUUCAAUGUUGUGAUCAUGUCUCCUCAUGGUUACUUUGCCCAAGACAAUGUGUUGGGGUACCCUGACACUGGUGGCCAGGUUGUUUAUAUCUUGGAUCAAGUUCGUGCUUUGGAGAAUGAGAUGCUUAAACGUAUCAAGGAACAAGGGCUUGACAUUAUCCCUCGCAUUCUUAUUGUCACAAGGCUCCUUCCUGAUGCAGUAGGAACUACUUGUGGUCAGCGUCUUGAGAAGGUUUACAACACCAAACACUCCGAUAUUCUUCGUGUUCCCUUUAGAACCGAGAAGGGAAUUGUCCGCAAAUGGAUCUCAAGAUUUGAAGUGUGGCCAUACCUAGAGACUUACACCGAGGAUGUUGCAACAGAACUUGCUAAAGAGUUCCAGGGCAAGCCUGAUCUCAUUAUUGGAAACUACAGUGAUGGUAACAUUGUGGCCUCUUUGUUGGCUCAUAAAUUGAGUGUUACUCAAUGCACCAUUGCCCAUGCUUUGGAGAAGACCAAGUACCCUGAUUCUGACCUUUACUGGAAGAAACUAGAUGACAAGUACCAUUUCUCUUGCCAGUUCACAGCUGAUCUUAUCGCCAUGAACCACACCGACUUCAUCAUCACCAGUACCUUCCAGGAGAUUGCCGGAAGCAAAGAUACCGUUGGCCAGUACGAGAGUCACACCGCUUUCACCAUGCCCGGUCUCUACCGUGUUGUUCAUGGGAUUGAUGUCUUUGAUCCCAAGUUCAACAUUGUUUCACCAGGAGCUGACAUGGACAUUUACUUCCCUUAUUCCGAGAAGGAAAAGAGGUUGACACAUUUCCACCCGGAAAUUGAAGAGCUCAUCUACAGCCAAGAGGAGAACAAAGAACACUUGUGUGUGUUGAAGGACAGGAACAAGCCAAUCAUCUUCACAAUGGCAAGGCUGGACCGUGUAAAGAACAUCACUGGGCUGGUUGAGUGGUAUGGUAAGAACAAGAAGCUUAGAGAGCUGGUUAACUUGGUUGUAGUUGCUGGGGAUCGACGAAAGGAGUCCCAGGACAAUGAGGAGAAAGCUGAGCUGAAGAAGAUGUAUGAGCUGAUUGACACCUACAAGCUGAAUGGGCAGUUCAGAUGGAUUUCCUCUCAGAUGAACCGCGUGAGGAACGGUGAACUCUACCGUGUCAUUUGUGACACCAAGGGAGCUUUUGUGCAGCCUGCUGUGUAUGAAGCCUUUGGCUUGACUGUUGUUGAGGCCAUGACCUGUGGUUUGCCCACAUUUGCUACUUGCAAAGGUGGCCCAGCAGAGAUUAUUGUGCAUGGCAAAUCUGGGUACCAUAUUGAUCCAUACCAUGGUGAGCAAGCUGCUGAGAUCCUUGUUGACUUCUUUGAGAAGUGCAAGAAAGACCCUUCUCACUGGGACAAGAUUUCCCAGGGAGGCCUGAAGCGUAUCGAGGAGAAGUACACAUGGCAAAUCUACUCUGAAAGGCUCCUGACCUUGACUGGAGUUUAUGGGUUCUGGAAGCAUGUCUCUAACCUUGAUCGCCUUGAGAGUCGUCGCUACAUCGAAAUGUUUUAUGCCCUCAAGUACAAAAAGCUGGCUGAUUCUGUUCCUCUUGCUGAGGAGUAGAGUGCAAGAACAAGUAAAUAAAAAGAGGCAGAAGCAAUCUGUUGGCUGAGAGUCAUCAUCAAGUUUUCCUUGGCGGUUUAGGAGAAUAACUAAAUAUUGUGAUUAUAUAUGUUUUGGUUUUCUUUUUCUUUCAAGUUUUCAAUUUCUAUUCAUCAUUGGUGGUUGUGAUUGGAAAUGUUUGAACCUGGGUCUCAUCCCCAUUUAUCAAUUGAAGUCAACUUUGCUG